UCCGGUCGAGCAAAUUAGUUAAAGAUGUGCAGCACUGAGAGUGAGAGUGGGAAUGAGAGAUCAACAUUUCAUGCAGCCAUGUACCCUUGGUUUGCCAUUGGCCACAUCGUUCCAUUCCUCCACCUAUCCAACAAGUUGGCAGAAAACGGCCACCGAGUCUCCUUCCUCUUGCCCCCCAAAACCCAGUCCAAAUUGCAGCAUUUGAACCGCUACCCCGAUCUCAUCCGCUUCAUCCCAAUUGCUAUCCCUCCCGUCGACGGCCUCCCCCCUACCGCCGAGACCACUGCCGACGUGUCUCGCCCCAUUAUGCCCCUCCUCGUAGACGCCAUGAAUCUCACCAAGGAUCAGGUAGAAGCUGCUCUACGAAAUAUCAAGCCUGACUUUGUUUUCUUCGACUUCUCCUACUGGCUUCCUCCCUUGGCUCGGCAACUGGGCAUCAAGUCCAUUCUUUACUGCGUCAUUAGCCCUGCCUCCACUUCUUACCUCUUAGUCCCCGCACGCAAGCCUGACGGGAUCGAACAGUUAACGGAAGAGGAGCUAAUGCAACCUCCACCGGGCUACCCGCCUGAUUCGCCGAUACGGCUUUGCCGCCACGAGAGUCGAAGUUUGUUAUUCGCUUUCCAGAAGUUUUCCAGAACUGCAACUGGAUUGACAUUCUACGAUAGGCAGACGACCUCCAUGAGAGAGUGCGAUGCUUUAUGCUUCAGAACUUAUAGAGAGAUGGAAGGCCCAUACUGCGAUUACAUGGGUAGCCAAUAUGGGAAGCCAGUACUCCUGACGGGCCCCAUCCUGCCUGAGAAAGAGAAAUCGACCACAGUAUUGGACGAUGAUGAGCAUUGGUGCACCUGGUCAUCUAAGUGGCGGCUUGGCAACUUCAAGGCGGGGUCGGUGGUGUACUGUGCAUUCGGAAGCGAAUGCGUCUUUACAAAGGAGAAGGUUCAGGAGCUGGUUUUGGGGCUUGAGCUGACAGGAUUGCCCUUCUUAGUGGCUCUGAAACCACCACACGGAGCAUGGACGGUGGAGGAGGCAUUGCCGGAUGGGUUCAGGGAGAGGGUGGAAGGAAGAGGAGUGGUUUACGGGGGAUGGGUUCCUCAGCAACAGAUACUGAGUCACCUGUCGGUGGGAUGCUUUGUCAGCCACUGUGGGUAUGGAUCCAUGUGGGAGUCUUUAGUGAGCAAUUGUCAGAUGGUGCUGCUCCCCAAUUACGGAGACCAGAUCAAGAACGCCAAACUGUUGGCCAGAGGUAUGAAGGUGGCGGUGGAGGUGGAGAGGAGAGAGGACGACGGGUGGUUCACAAGAGAGAGCGUGUGCAGGGCUGUGAAACUGGUGAUGGACGAUGACAGCCACAUCGGGAGACAAGUGAAGGCCAACCACGCCAAGUGGAGGAGCUUCUUGUUGGAGGAAAGCUUGCAACGCUCCUACACUGAUGCUUUCAUACGCGACCUGAAGGCUUUAAUUAAUUAA